UGGACACGGACGCUGCUUGGCCCCGUUCCUGUCCCUGAAACCAAGCGACGACAGUGAGGUGUGCUGGACAAGUGGAAGUCCCCCAAGUUCCACGCUUGGGGCUCCCGUGCUUGGCCCCACACCCACACGAGUGCAUCACAGCUCCGAUCGCCGGAGUGUAGGAGAGGAACCCUGUGGCGGGGCGCCGAGCCGAUGGCGACUCAUCUGUGAGAGGCAACGAGAGAAAAAAGUUGCGGAGCAGAUCCCGCCGCUGUCUGGGCAGAAAGAGCGCCAUUGACUCACCUUCCUAUCUGAACCAUAAUCCUGCCCAACAUCUUUCCUGUUCUGGUUGCUUGAUCCAUUCCAUUCUGUUCGUUGAAUCAUAUUGUUUAGUUCCCAGCCCAGAUCGUCAUCAUGUCUCAAUUUCCUACCAGAAACGUUGGUGUCUUGGGCUGCACUGGCUCCGUCGGUCAGCGCUUCAUCCUGUUGCUCCAGAAUCAUCCUGUUCUGAAGCUCGUCGCCGUCGGCGCCUCCUCCCGCUCCGCUGGCAAGAAGUACCGCGAUGCCGUCCGCUGGAAGCAAUCCACCCCCAUCUCUGCCGAGUUCGGUGACCUAGUCGUCCGCGACUGCAAGGCCAGCGAAUUCGCCGACUGCGACAUCGUCUUCAGCGGUCUCGACAGCGAUGUUGCCGGCGACGUCGAGAAGGAGUUCCAACACGCCAACAUUGCCGUCUUCUCCAAUGCAAAGAACUACAGACGCGACCCCCUCGUGCCCCUCGUCGUCCCGACCGUCAACCUCAACCAUCUCGACCUGAUCCCCCACCAGCGCAAGACCCUCGGCCUCGAGAAGGGCUUCCUGGUAUGCAACAGCAACUGCGCCGUCAUUGGCCUCGUCGCCCCCUUUGCCGCCCUCCAGGCGCGCUUUGGCAAGAUCGAUACCGUAUCCGUCGUCACCAUGCAGGCUGUCUCGGGCGCUGGAUACCCCGGCGUCAGCAGUAUGGACAUCAUUGACAAUGUCGUGCCCUUCAUUUCGGGCGAGGAGGACAAGCUGGAAACCGAGGCCCAGAAGAUCCUGGGUUCUCUCAACGCCGACGCCACUGCCUUUGAGGACCAGAAGCAGCUCCGGGUGUCGGCAGCCUGCAACCGUGUUCCUGUCUUGGACGGCCACACCGCCUGCGUGUCGCUGCGCUUCGCCCAGCGCCCGCCCCCGUCCGCCGAGGAGGUCAAGGAGGCCAUGCGCAGCUAUGUUUCUGAUGCUCAGAAGCUGGGAUGCCCCUCGGCCCCCGAGCCCCCCAUCAAGGUCUUUGACGAGGCAGACAGGCCCCAGCCCCGUCUUGACCGUGAUCUCUGCAAGGGAUACACUGUCAGCGUUGGCCGCGUUAGAGAGGACGAGAGUGGUAUCUUCGAUAUCAAGUUUGUUGCCCUGAGCCACAACACUGUUAUUGGAGCUGCUGGUUCCUCCAUCCUUAACGCUGAGGCUGCCAUAUUUAAGGGCCUCAUCUAAGGUUAAGCGGGCUGCUUUGUGGGUUUGGGAACAAAAAUAUAAUCAUUUUUGGGUUGUUGUUAUAAAAGUAUAAAGUCAUGCACCUAUGCAUUGGGUUUCUUUGUGGAAUUCUCAGGGGUGACCUUGGUGUGGAGCGUUGAUGCAAGCUUAAGUCAGGAGCCAAAAGUUUAAAAUUUCACCUUCGUGCUCUUCUUCUCUCUCUUCAAUAUCUCAUCCGGUGUCGUGCGGUUAAAGUGCGAGACACACCGGAAAGUCUGAUCCGUGCUGUGGUCUCGUCUAUGGGAAUCGAACGAAUGCAUGUACCCGCCACCGCAUGUUGACCGUCCAGGGAAGCAUGCUUGAUGCAACAGCCCGUCUUGUUGAUUGGCGGGAGAAGCUUUCGUCAAACGGUCGACACCCCCAACAUCUGGUGUAUGGGCAUGGCAAAGGCCUUGUCUUGGAUUGCUUUUGCCCAACGAUGCAGUGAAAUGCCCAUCCAUGGUCUCUUGCAGACAUUGGAGUCUUAGCUAGACGAUGCGCAGGAACACUAUCGUCAUAGGACUUGCCUGUUCUGACGUUGUGGAACAGAAGGAGGAGGGAAAGACAAGACCGAGUUAUGAUGUUUAAGAGACUGAAUUCGAGCUGCAGAGGAACUCGAUGCAUGGACCUUGGGAG